AUGAAGAUGAUGGAUGUCAACUACACGGGCGUCUUCCUCUCCGCACGCGCCUGCGCUCGGCAGAUGAUGAAGUACAAGAUCCAAGGCUCGAUAUGCCUCGUGGCUUCGAUGAGUGGAACGAUUGCAAACCGAGGCUUCAUGGCGCCCGUAUACAACUCUUCGAAAGCUGCAGUCGUCCAGCUGGCGCGCAAUCUUGCUAUGGAGUGGGGACGCAUUAAUGAGGAUGGCGAAGGUGGUAUUAGGGUCAACUCUUUGAGCCCGGGUCACAUCGUGACACCGAUGGUCGAAGAGAACUUCAGGAGGGGUGAAGCAGAUCGAGCCGAGUGGGAGAACAAUAGUAUGCUCGGAAGACUGAGCACACCAGAGGAGUAUAAAGCUGCAGGUCUGUUCAUGCUGUCGAGGGCAUCAAGCUAUAUGACUGGGCAUGACAUGAAGAUGGACGGCGGCACGACUGCUUGGUAG